AUGGAGGACGCGCUGACCGCGGCCGAUACCGAGAGCGUCGCGGAGAGGAGCGAGCUGUCCGAAACGCCAGCCGGCCAACCCAACAUCGAGCACCUCCUUACCACCCACUUCGCGAAGCUGGCCGUCGCGAAGAUGGAGGAGGCUCGGAAGGUCGCGGAUGAGGGCAACAUGGCAGCCUUCUACGAGCACAGGGCUGGCGGAUGGCUGUACUUUUGCCACUUCAAGCCCUGCCAGGGAACCCUGCUCGUCUGCCCCAUCUCCGGCUGCGACGGGAAGUGGCCGCACCACAGCGGCCUGCCUCUCCAGCGCCACUUUCUCGCCAACCACGUCCCGCUCUCUCCCGAGGACCACGAGGAGCUAGCGAGGGCGCCCCCGAGCAUAGUGACCAUGCAGUCCUGGGCCUGGGCUCGUGCCAAAAUCGCCGCCUGGUCCCUGCUCAAGCACGGCGCCGACAUCCGAAAUUUCUGGCACCUGUUGCCGCCGGCCGAAAUCGCGCCCGAUGACGUCAACUGGACUCCCUGGCAGGAGGAUAUUGAGAGCUGGCUGGCCUGGGAAAAGCGCAUCAGCGAAGCGCAAGGCUGCUCAACGAUGGAGGGCUACUAG